GGCGAGCCGAGGGGGAGGCGAGGCGCCGGGUCAAGGAGCAAACCCGGCACAAGAUGGCGGCGCUGGCGGUGGUGGCGGGAUUGGCGGCGCGUAGGACGCGGUCUUGGGCGUGUUUGGUGCUGGCAUGUUUAGGGGUCUGCCUGGGAGUCACAUUAGCCGUGGAUAGAAGCAACUUCAAGACCUGUGAAGAAAGCUCAUUUUGCAAGCGCCAGCGAAGCGUCCCUCCAGGCCUGUCUCCUUACCGAGCCUUGCUGGAUUCCCUGCAGCUUGGCCCUGAUGGCCUCACAGUCCACAUCAUCAACGAUAUCAACAAGGUGCUGCUGAUCCUGGAGCUCCAGGGCCUUCAGAAGAACAUGACACGGAUCAGGAUUGAUGAGCUGGAGCCCCUGCGACCCCGCUACCGUGUGCCGGAUGUGUUGGUGGCUGACCCGCCCACAGCUAGACUCUCCAUCUCGGGCCGCGAUGACAACAGCGUGGAGCUCACUGUGGCCGAGGGGCCUUAUAAGAUCAUCCUGACAGCACGGCCGUUCCGCCUGGACCUGCUGGAGGAGCGCAGCCUCCUGCUCAGCGUCAAUGCCCGAGGUCUCCUGCACUUUGAGCACCAGCGAGCCCCCAGGGUCUCUUUCUCGGAUAAACUUAGUGUCACGCUCGGUAGCAUGUGGGAUAAGAUCAAGAACAUUUUCUCUAGGAAAGCAGCAAGAGACCCAGUUGAGGGCAAUGAAGCCCAGCCGGAGACGACAGCUGAGGAUGGUGACAAGCCAGAACCCCAUGAGAAGCCAGAGAAGGAGGAGCCAGGAGUCUGGGAAGAGACUUUCAAAACUCACUCUGACAGCAAGCCCUAUGGUCCUAUGUCUGUGGGUUUGGACUUCUCCCUGCCGGGCAUGGAGCAUGUAUACGGGAUCCCAGAGCAUGCAGACAACAUGAGGCUAAAGGUCACCGAGGGUGCAGAUCCCUACCGCCUCUACAAUCUGGAUGUGUUCCAGUACGAGCUGUACAACUUCAUGGCCCUGUACGGGUCUGUGCCCGUGCUCCUGGCGCACAGUGCCCAGCGGGACUUGGGCAUCUUCUGGCUCAAUGCUGCCGAGACCUGGGUGGACAUUUCCUCCAACACUGCUGGGAAGACCCUGUUUGGGAAGAUGAUGGACUACUUGCAGGGCUCCGGGGAGACCCCACAGACUGACGUCCGCUGGAUGUCCGAGAGCGGCAUCAUCGAUGUCUUCCUGAUGCUCGGGCCCUCUGUCUCCGAUGUCUUCCGGCAAUAUGCCAGCCUCACAGGAACCCAGGCAUUUCCCCCGCUCUUCUCCCUCGGCUACCACCAGAGCCGCUGGAACUACCGGGAUGAGGCAGACGUUCUAGAGGUCAACCAGGGCUUCGACGACCACAACCUGCCCUGUGACGUAAUCUGGCUGGACAUCGAGCACGCUGAUGGCAAGCGCUACUUCACCUGGGACCCCAGUCGUUUUCCGCACCCCCUUGACAUGCUCGCCCAGCUGGCCGCCAAGAGGCGCAAGCUGGUGACCAUUGUAGACCCCCACAUCAAGGUGGAUUCGGGCUACCGCAUCCAUGAAGAGCUGCAGAAACUGGGCUUAUACGUGAAGACCCGGGAUGGUUCUGACUAUGAGGGCUGGUGCUGGCCAGGAGCAGCCAGUUAUCCAGACUUCACCAAUCCCCAGAUGCGGGCCUGGUGGGCCAACAUGUUCAGCUUUGACAAUUAUGAGGGCUCCAGUUCUAACCUGUACAUCUGGAAUGACAUGAACGAACCAUCUGUGUUUAAUGGUCCUGAGGUCACCAUGCUCAAAGAUGCCCGUCAUUAUGGUGGUUGGGAGCACCGAGACCUGCAUAACAUCUACGGCCUCUACGUGCACAUGGCAACUGCUGAGGGGCUGGUGCAGCGCUCCCAGGGCAAAGAACGCCCAUUUGUCCUGAGCAGGGCUUUCUUCGCUGGCUCCCAGCGCUUCGGAGCUGUGUGGACGGGGGACAACACUGCUGAGUGGGAGCAUCUGAAGAUCUCUAUCCCCAUGUGUCUCAGCCUGGCGCUGGUGGGACUGUCCUUCUGUGGGGCGGAUGUUGGUGGCUUCUUCAAAAAUCCAGAGCCAGAGCUGCUGGUGCGCUGGUACCAGAUGGGAGCCUACCAGCCAUUCUUCAGGGCACACGCCCACCUGGACACAGGGCGGCGAGAGCCAUGGCUCCUGGCAUCCCAGUACAGGGACAUAAUCCGAGAUGCCUUGAAUCAGCGGUACUCCUUGUUGCCCUUCUGGUACACCCUCUUCUACCAGGCCAGUCGUGAAGGGAUUCCUGUGAUGAGGCCCUUGUGGGUACAUUACCCUCAGGAUGUGAACACCUUCAGCAUCGAUGAUCAGUUCCUGCUUGGGGACGCGCUGCUGGUUCACCCUGUGGCAGAUUCUGGCGCUCACGGUGUGCAGGUCUACCUGCCCGGCCAAGGAGAGGUGUGGUAUGACGCCCAGACCUACCAGAAGUACCAUGGGCCGCAGACGCUCUAUCUGCCGGUCACGUUGAGCACUGUCCCGGUGUUUCAGCGUGGAGGAACCAUUGUGCCCCGGUGGAUGCGCCCGCGCCGCUCCUCAGACUCUAUGAAGGACGACCCCCUCACGCUCUUUGUGGCCCUCAGUCCCCAGGGGACAGCCCAGGGAGAGCUCUUCCUCGACGACGGACACACCUUCAACUACCAGACUCACCACGAGUACCUGCUGCGGCGCUUCUCUUUCUCUGGCAACACCCUCAUCUCCAGCUCCGCCGACCCGAAGGGCCACUUUGAGACCCCAAUCUGGAUUGAGCGGGUGGUGAUCUUAGGAGCGGGCAAGCCCGCCGCAGUGGUUCUGCAGACAGAAGGCUCCCCUGAAAGCCGCCUGACCUUCCAGCACGACCCGGAGACCUCUGUGUUGGUCCUGCGCAAGCCUGGUGUGAACGUGGCCUCUGACUGGAGCAUUCACUUGCGAUAACAUAGAGUACUGGGUGGGAGGUCAGGGCUGGUGCGAGAUCUUCUGAUCUUCUUCCUCCUGCCUUGGAGUUUCACCCUCCCUCGAAGUCACCUUCUUUGAUCCCAAGACCCAGAUUUUGUCACUGUCUGGGUUGGAUGAGAGGAUUGUCUGCGGCCUCUGACUUCUUGUCAUCUUUGAUUCUGCCACCUUGCGGACACCGUCUUUCCCUUCUUCUUGACACUGUUGCCGACCCGGAGCAUAUUCACCUGUGAAGACUGGGGGACCACAGGGUCCCUUUCCCCUUUUUCCUCUGUCCAAGGGGCCCCUGAGUCUUCCCCAGACCCUAUCCAUUCUUGCCUCUGUGUGUUGAAGCCAUUUCUUGGAAGGAGAUGAAGGCUGUGAGCUUGGUGGGUGCUCCUUCCUCCAUCCUCUAUCCGUUGCCCUCCCACCCAGUUGCUCCCCCUCCUUCAUUUCUCCCACCCCUUUAGAAUGCUCCCCAUACACUAGGACUGCUCCUACCCUGUGCGAGAUGCGUGAAUCUGCAGAGUGGGGUUGUUGAAGAAAGUCUUCACUUGAUCCCUUCCUACCUUUAUUGUGGGGGAGGGAAAGAUGGUAUGGGGGAAUCUUUUGGGCCAUUUCCGGCUUUGUGCUCAGGGGUUACUCCUGGCGGUACUUGGGGGACCAUACGUGGAGCCUGGGAAUCAAUUUCAGGUCAGCCACAUGCUAAGCCAGCCCCCAGCCCCCUCUUUCUGACCAUCCCCCAUUCAUUCCUUCUAGGGCUGCUACAGUUCUGACAGGGACAGUACUAACUUCCCUGUCCCAUAGGGGGAGAGUUCCGAUUCCUCUUGAGAGGGCCUAGACAUUGAACUACUUUAGAGUCCUGUCCCCUAGAGGGGCACCCAGAUGGAGAAAUCACUUGUUUCAUCCAAUCAUGGCCACCUGUAUUUAUUGCUGGGCGAAGGCUAAGGGUGGGUGGGAGCUGAUCAUGUUUCCCCAGGGUUGACCUGAAGUCCUGGGUGGGAGUGAGGGAGGGAUUAAUUUGGGAGGAGGGAGAAUAUUUGUGGUAAUUUUUUUUUACUUCCCUUUAGCCCUCAGCUGUGACAGGUUUUGAUAAAAGCAGAAAAAAUAAAGAGAUAAACCAUAAA